GCUGAUUGUCAAUUCGCCAAAGUAAAACACACGUGCUGGGUUUUGUUUAUUUGCGAGGUACUGGUGUCGGACUUUAAGGAGAAUUUUGUUAAUAAACUGGCCGUUAAUUUUUACAAAGACUAAAUAAAAAUGGCACGAAGACCUGAACAUAUGGCACCGCCUGAAAUCUUCUACAAUGAAGACGAAGCGCAAAAAUAUUCAAACAACACUCGAAUUAUCGAAAUUCAAUGUGAAAUGGCGGAGCGAGCCAUUGAACUUCUUGCUCUUCCAGAGGACGAACCAUGCUUCAUUCUUGACAUCGGCUGUGGAUCAGGACUGUCGGGUGAAUCACUUGAAGAAGCUGGUCACUCCUGGAUAGGCAUCGAUAUUUCAAAAGCAAUGUUAGACAUAGCCGUCGAACGCGAAGUAGAAGGAUCAUUAAUUCUGGGCGAUAUGGGUCAAGGAAUGCCAUUCAAACCUGGAACAUUUGACGGAGCCAUCUCAAUCUCAGCACUACAAUGGCUGUGUAAUGCCGACAAAACAACACAUCAUCCACAGAAACGAUUGUACACCUUCUUUUGCACACUGUUUUCCUGUUUAACCCGGACAGCCCGGGCGGUAUUUCAAUUCUACCCCGAAAAUCCAGAACAAAUCGAACUGGUUACGACACAGGCCAUGAAAGCGGGCUUUUAUGGUGGUUUAGUGGUAGAUUAUCCCAACUCAACUAAGGCGAAAAAGUAUUUUCUGGUUUUAAUGACUGGAGGAGUAGCGCAGUUGCCGCAGGCACUAGGUGAUGAUGCUGAAGAGCGAAGGAUAGCCUUCACAAAGAAGCGUGAAAUGAUUAAAGCAGCUCGCGGUAAGCCAUUGAAGAAAUCAAGAGAUUGGAUUUUGCAGAAGAAAGAAAGAAGGAGGCGGCAAGGUUUGGAAACUAGAAAGGACACCAAGUACACGGGAAGGAAACGUAGUGGUAGAUUUUAAGGUUCAAAAGUGGUUAUUAUUGGUUAACUCCUAAUAAACUGUUUUUAAGAAGAUUGAAA